UUUUUUACAGAUGAGAUCAAGGUCUCGGGACUCCGUGGUCGCGGUGGGGCUGGUUUCCCCACCGGUAUGAAGUGGUCUUUCAUGAACAAGCCCUCGGAUGGCCGCCCGAAGUACCUGGUGGUGAAUGCCGACGAGGGAGAACCGGGAACCUGCAAGGAUCGUGAAAUUAUGCGUCACGAUCCGCAUAAGUUGAUUGAGGGAUGCUUGAUCGCUGGCCGUGCCAUGGGAGCUCGUGCGGCUUACAUCUACAUCCGAGGCGAGUUCUACAAUGAGGCGUCCAACAUGCAGCUGGCCAUUGCCGAAGCCUAUCAGGCUGGGCUGAUUGGCAAGAACGCUUGCAACUCCGGGUAUGAUUUCGAUGUUUUCAUGCACCGUGGUGCUGGAGCCUACAUCUGUGGAGAGGAGACCGCCUUGAUCGAAUCCCUUGAGGGAAAGCAGGGCAAGCCUCGUCUGAAGCCGCCAUUCCCGGCAGAUGUUGGCGUCUUUGGAUGCCCUACGACCGUGUCCAACGUGGAAACGGUUGCCGUAGCUCCGACGAUUUGUCGUCGUGGUGGAGUAUGGUUCGCCAGCUUUGGUCGUACCCGUAACUCCGGAACCAAGCUGUACAACAUCUCGGGACAUGUCAACACUCCUUGUACCGUUGAAGAGGAGAUGUCCAUCCCGUUGAAGGAACUCAUCGAACGUCACGCCGGCGGAGUUCGUGGUGGAUGGGACAAUCUGCUGGGCAUCAUCCCUGGUGGUUCGUCGACUCCGAUUAUUCCGAAGCACGUCUGCGAUGACGUUCUGAUGGACUUCGAUGGGUUGGUCCAGGCUCAGACAUCGCUUGGAACGGCCGCCAUCAUCGUGAUGGACAAGUCCACCGACGUCAUCAAGGCCAUUUCGCGUCUGAUCGAUUUCUACAAGCACGAGAGCUGCGGCCAAUGUACUCCGUGUCGCGAGGGCAUUGCCUGGAUGUACAAGAUGAUGCAUCGCUUCGUGGACGGAAACGGUCGCCCGGAGGAAAUCGACAUGUUGUGGGAAAUCUCCAAGCAGAUCGAAGGACACACCAUCUGCGCGCUGGGUGACGGUGCCGCUUGGCCUGUGCAAGGUCUUAUUCGUCAUUUCCGACCGGAAAUUGAGGCUCGUAUGAAGAAAUACGAACAGCAGAUGGCCGCCAAGCAGUGAUAGGUGAAUUAAUCAUUACGAUUUGGAGCGAAAUAAAGCGUAAGGCCUGCUUGUUAGAAUAUGAUGCACGUUUCUUUCUUCGACACUUGGUUGAGCGACAUGGUAACAGAGAAAAAAAGUACUUCUUGUGUACUGGUUUAGAUACCUACGAAUAUGUGUAACAAUUCGAACGUUGAUUAACAAAUAAAAUUACCUUAAAA